AUGGUGAAGCGUGUGCGUGAAGACGAUGAUGUCAGCCACGAUUUCAGAAGCAAGCGUUCAAAGCCUCUCUACACAGAUCAUCUAUCUAGACUGCCCGACGAAGUCAAGCUAAGAGUUUUCUCAUUUCUGACUGUAUCAGAUUUAUUGCGUUGUGAGGAAAUCUCACGUGAAUAUCGAUCGCUUGCGAGAGAUGGCUCACUAUGGAAGGCCCAUUAUUACAGGGAUUCUACUCGACCACGAAGGAAGCAGACAGCUGGGAUGCGAGACAUAGGCUUUGACCAAAUCUUGAAAGGAACGACAUGGAAAUGGCGUUACAAGCUCCGCCAUAACUGGAAUAAAGGCUCGUGUACGAUGAAGGAAGUCCACGUUGCUGCAGAAUCGAGCAUACCUCCAAUGUUGGUGCAAUUACAUGAAGGUACUAUCUACAUGGUCGAUCGGACACAGGGACUUCGGGCCUGGUCAGUGAAAUCGCACUCUCUCGUGGCCCACCUUCCAAUUUCGAGAGAAGCGACCCCGACUUCAUUAGCUGUCUGCAUAACGGCCCAACAGUCUUCCACCUCUAUCGUGGUAGUUGGGCAUGAAAAUGGCACUUUCGCAGUAUAUUCACUGCAGAAGGACUCUUCAACAUUCACUCACUGCUACAGUCACAACGAUGGGUCAAACGAUGCGGUCGUCACGGCCAUUGCUCUUUCGUGGCCGUAUGUGGUCACACUGACAGCUACACAGAAGCUCAGUUUGUGGAAGUUCGGGUCCCGGCGUGGAGACUCGACGCAUUCUAAGACAGCAUCGCAUACAUAUGCGCCACCGGCCGCAUUGCACACGCUUACGUCGCGCAGCAUCUGGCCUCCACUUUCGACUUCGAUCAGGGAAUCAAAAUCUUCGAUCACUGUAUCGCUCGGGUUCGCACUGCCCACUUAUCUAUCCGGAUGGACUGUUGGCAUCCAAGAAAUUGUUGUGGACCUGGAAGGAAAGCUAUUGGAUUCUCGCAUCGCAUCGGCAAUCGAGGAGCAUUUUCGACCGCUCACCUUCGCAUCACGGCCGAUGUUUCCACACAUCGCCUCGUUUCAACCUAGCUUUCCUGGGAUAACGUCUGCAAGAGAAUUACGGCACAUACAUUCAAAGCCGAUCUCGCUGUCAUAUACGCAUCCGUAUCUGCUCGUGUCUCAUCCCGACAACACCUUGGCGGUAUAUCUCGUGACCUCAACAGCGGAGUCACUGUCGGUGAGUCCAGGGAGCAGACUCUGGGGGCAUACCUCGUCCGUUUCCGGUGCUCACAUUGGUGGACGCGGUAGAGCAGUCUCCAUAAGCAGAAGAGGAGAUGAGCUCCGUGUUUGGGAGCUCGAAGGAGGCUUAACAUCUAUGGUGGCCAAGAAGCGUCUUACGGAUCGUGGUUUGGGAAUCAAGGUUAGACCGGGCCAAAAGGCACAUAUUGACCACACGAGCACUCCGAAGAUAUCUGCUAGUGGAGAUGAUACAGAUCGUUCAUCUCAACAACCACUAUCAGAGCUCUCGGUCACACGAGGCUGGAUCGGGUUUGACGACGAGAACGUCGUAUUCCUGAGAGAGGACGGUCAAGGAAAGCAGGUUUUGGUUAUCUGCAACUUUUCUUGA